AACAGCAGCAGCUGAGGUGACAGUCGCGCAUUUAAGUCGGCAGUCACUGUGGAGUAUAUCCACAAAGGAGGCUGCCGAGCUUAUUUCGGUGUACUUUGUGGACCUGGAAGCUGCGCCUCUCUUGACCCUCCCGCUCCAGACUCGGGGAAAACUGUGGCACUUUAUUUUGUUUAGAGGCUGCUUGUUGUCUGCUGUCCUGCACAGAGGCUGAGAUAAACGCUUCUCUGAGGACACCUGCUGUCAGGACUAUGAGGCUCCCCUCUCCGCCGCCCUGCUUUGGGCUCAUAACCUGCUUGCUGGUGUUGAUGUUACCGCUGUUCGGGUCCUGUCAUCCAGCGCAGCUCCCAAGAAAGCCCAGCCUGGUGUUCAUGGAGCACCUGAACCCCUCAAGAGUUGGAUUCAGCUGGGGAAAUCUUACCUGCCCUCUCUGCAAAGCAGUCUUCACCAUUCUUGAUAUCGCCCUUCUGAGCGACGCAAAUGAAGAGCGAGUGGCACGUGCGGUAGGUGAGGCGUGUGUCCGUCUCCAUCUGGCAGAAGAGCAAGUCUGUCGGGAUAUAGCUGAGCUGUUCAGGGAGGACUUCAUUAGGGCCCUGCAGGAGUCAUUUCUGUGGCCCUCUGAAGCUUGCGCUCUGCUAGUGGGCCCUUCCUGUGGCAAAUUUGACGUCUAUGCACCCUGGAACAUCACUUUACCAAAUGUCCCUAAGCCCCCUGUUAAACCACCCUCUCCUCCCAAACCUGGUUCUCCACAGAGCAGGGUCCUGUUUCUCACAGACAUCCACUGGGACAAGGAGUAUGAUGUUGGCAGUGUUGCAGACUGCAAGGAGCCUCUAUGUUGUCGUAAAGAUUCAGGCUCUGCCAGCUGGAGGCGGAGGAAGGCUGGGCACUGGGGAACCUAUGGAAAGUGUGAUCUGCCUCUUUGGACAGUGGAGAACCUUCUGGAAACUGUGGCCAAAGCCGGGCCUUGGGACUGGGUAUAUUGGACUGGAGACAUACCAGCGCACAAUGUGUGGUCUCAGACCAGGGAGCAGCAGCUGUUAGAGCUUACUGUCAUCUCCAAACUCAUCCAUAAACACCUGGGACCUAAUGUGACAGUUUACCCUGCUAUAGGAAACCACGAGAGUACACCAGUAAACAGCUUCCCUCCACCCUUUGUUCGUGGCAACAGAUCCUCUGCCUGGCUCUACGAUAGGAUGGCAGAGGAAUGGGCUCCGUGGUUGCCAGAUCAGGCAUUGAAGACUUUGAGAUAUGGAGGAUUCUACACAGUGCAGAUUGAGCCUGGUCUGAGGCUGGUCUCUCUUAACAUGAACUUCUGUGCACGGGAAAACUUUUGGCUGAUGGUGAACUCCACUGAUCCCGCUAAUCAGCUGCAGUGGCUCGUCCAUGUUCUCCAGGCCAGCGAGGACAAGGGAGAGAAAGUACAUAUCAUUGGUCACAUCCCACCUGGCCUUUGUCUGAGCAGCUGGAGCUGGAACUAUUAUCACAUUGUGAACAGAUAUGAAAGUACAAUCACCGGACAGUUUUUUGGCCAUACACACCUGGAUGAGUUCCAAAUGUUUUAUGAUGAGGAAACCAUGACCCGCCCGUUGGGGGUGGCAUUCAUUGCUCCCAGUGUCACUACCUAUGUUGACCUUAAUCCAGGAUACCGUGUCUACUAUGUUGAUGGGAACUACCAAGCAAGCUCUCGGCUGGUGCUCGACCAUGAAACCUACAUCCUCAACCUCACAGAGGCAAACCACAGUCCAGAGAAGGAUCCUAAAUGGACACUACUGUAUCGCGCCACAGACGCUUAUGGUCUUUCUACGCUGUUCCCCUCUGAUUGCAAUGGGCUGAUAGGGACCUUUAUCAACGAUGACCCUGUUUUCCAGAAGUACUGGUAUUUGAGAUUUAAAGGGCAUGUGUCAAAGCCUUGCAAGGAGGUCUGCAAGACCGUUGUGCUGUGCUACCUACAAAGUGGGCGUUCUGAUGAGCUGAAGCAGUGCGACCUCUUCAGUGGCUUUGAAGGAAGCUCAGCCAGAGCUGUCAGAAAAACUCUGUGUUGACCUGAGGAAUUUUAGACUGGAAAAGGCUGGCGAGAGAAAAUGCAAUAUGACUAAAUAUGACACUGAGCCAAAAAAAUUGUUCUGUUUGUUUUUGUUUUUUUUUAAUGCUCACAGCUAUGUGGAGUGUGAGUUCUUGUCAUGCCUUAUCACCAAUAAUGUCUUUAAAUUCUAUUACUUGUACAUGGAAACAUGCCAUGGAUGGUUCACCUGUGCUGUUUUUUUUGUUUUGUUUUUUCUCAAUGGCAAUUUUGAGGUUAAAACUGUGCUGAAAUCCAUGGAAUAUUGGGCAUUAUGAAGAUUGUUCAAAGUUGUCAUGAUCUUAGCAGUUCUUCUAAUGCUGGUGCUUUUUUUUUUUUUUUUUUUGAAAUGGGGAUUAGGAACUUAUCAAUUCUUGCAAUCUUAGGACUGGUUAUCUAAUUUUUACUGUAUGAAAUUUGUUAGCCAUCCAUCCAUUUUCCUCCACUUAUCCAAUUCAGGGUCACAUGGGGGGCUGGAGCCUAUCCUAGCUGUCACGGGGCAAGAGCUGGUGAACACCCUGGACAGGUUGUCAGUCUGAUGCUAACAGAGAGAGAGAGAGACAGGCACGCAUUCACACAUAGGGUCAACUUAUAAUCACCAGCUGAUGUAACAUGCACAUCUUUAAACUGUGGGAGGAAGCAGAGAGAACCCACACAGCCACAGGGAGAACAUGCAAAAUCCACACAGAAAGGCCCCCACCCGGCAGGACCUUCUUGCUGAGAGGCAACAGUGUUAAUCAUUGCCCCACUCAAAAUAUGUGUUGGUGCUUUAAUUUUGUUUUAAGUCCUUUGUCAGCACUAUUGUUUGGAUUGUGAGUCAGUGCUUUAUGUAUCUACCUUUUAUGGGCAGCAGUUUCUGCCAUAGCAAAGACAUGUUCAGCCUAACAAAGAGCAGUAUUUUUUUUUUUUUUUUUAAUGUUUACAUUGCCUGCACUUUAAUUGUUUUUAGCUUAUUUGUUGAACAGGAAACAAAUCUGGGGGAGGAGCUUGCAAUAUAAGCUGUAAUGAUUGUAAAUAAAGUUUAAGAUCUUG